CCUCUUUAACAUUAACAUGUGUACUGUGUAGUAGUCCAGUGUGACUCUGUGAGCAGCGCAUCAUCCCGCAGAUUCGCCGCCACCCAGCAACGCCUACUUCAGUGGCGGACACGAACCUCAACCAUGGCCUUCAUCAAAUCAACCGCACGCUUGCGUCACUCCCUCUCACCCAUCCUCCCUCGCACCUUCAAACCAUACUCUUCUUCACCCCUAGAACUUUCCGAACCUCAACUUCACCACCACACUUCCCAAACCCCUAACCUAUCCCCCGAAGAAACCGCCAUAGCCGACAAAUUCCACGCCGCAAUCAAAGACCACCACCGCCGAAACCCUAACGCCCCUCCUCCCACUCCCACCCUCACCAUCCCCGAACUCUCCCUCCAUUUCUCCGCAAUCUCCGCCGCCCACCCAAUUUCUCCAGCCGUCGCCCGCCUCGUCAUCGAGAAAUGCGCCGCCCCCCGCCACGGCAUCCCCUUCCUCCAGUCCCUGGCGUUCUUCAACUGGGCCACCGCGCUCCACGCCUUCCCCCCCUCGCCGGAUCCCUACAACGAGAUGCUCGACCUCGCCGGCAAGCUCCGACAGUUCGACCUCGCGUGGCACGUAAUCGACCUCAUGAAGGCUCGCGGCGUCCAAAUCACCGUCCACACCUUCUCCGCCCUCGUCCGCCGCUACGUCAGAGCCGGAUUGGCUGCGGAGGCGGGGCACGCGUUUAACCGUAUGGACGACUACGGCUGCACCCCUGAUAAGGUCGCGUUUUCAAUUCUCAUUAGUAGCUUGUGUAGGAAGAGAAGGGCGAACGAGGCACAAUCGUUUUUUGAUUCACUUAAGCAUAGGUUUGAGCCUGAUGUUGUAGUCUACACUAGCUUAGUUCAUGGAUGGUGCCGCGCUGGUAACAUUUCUAAGGCUGAAGAGGUUUUUAGUGACAUGAAGAUGGCUGGAAUCCAACCUAAUGUUUAUACUUAUAGCAUUGUCAUUGAUUCCUUGUGCCGGUGCGGGCAAAUUACUCGCGCUCAUGAUGUUUUCUCCGAGAUGAUUGAUGCAGGGUGUGCUCCUAAUGCUGUUACUUUCAAUAGUUUGAUGCGGGUUCAUGUGAAGGCUGGUAGGACUGAGAAGGUCUUGCAAGUUUACAAUCAAAUGAAGAGGCUUGGUUGUGCUGCUGAUACAAUUAGUUACAAUUUCAUAAUUGAGAGUCAUUGUAGGGAUGAGAAUCUUGAAGAGGCUGUGAAGGUUCUUAAUUUGAUGGUGAAGAAAGGGGUUGCACCUAAUGCAUCCACUUUCAAUUUUGUUUUUGGAUGCAUUGCUAAGUUGCAUGAUGUGAAUGGUGCGCAUAGGAUGUAUGCUAGAAUGAAGGAACUGAAGUGCCAGCCCAAUACUUUGACUUAUAAUAUAUUGAUGAGGAUGUUUGCGGAGUCGAAAUCUACUGAUAUGGUUCUGAAAAUGAAGAAGGAGAUGGAUGAGAAUCAGGUUGAACCUAAUGUGAAUACUUACCGAAUUUUGAUUUCGUUGUUUUGUGAAAUGAAGCACUGGAACAAUGCGUACAAGUUAACGAAGGAGAUGGUUGAAGAAAAAUGCCUAAGACCGAAUUUAUCAGUUUAUGAAAUGGUUCUGGAGCAGUUGAGAAAGGCUGGCCAGCUGAAAAAGCAUGAAGAGUUGGUGGAUAAGAUGGUUGCCAGGGGAUUUGUGACUCGCCCUUUGUAGAAGUUGCUUGAUCCUUCGCAUCUUUGAGGUGAAUAAGAGAACUUCCAAGUUUGACUAUAAAAUGGUGGUAUUGUUUGUUAAUCGCUACAAGUGGGGUUUUUUUAUUAACCCCCGAAGUGUACCUUAUUCUUUUUAAUCUAGACGCUCUAGCCUCUACUUGUUAUUUAUACCCCAGUGUACAAUGGUGGUUUAGAUGAUUAAGAUCUUGGAUGAAAUUUUUUUCAAUUUGAUUAACUUGGCGGCCAUGAUUUAUUAUUUGGAUGCUGCCCGAAAUUUUAGGUGUUCAUGAAGCAAAUGGCACAAAUGUUGUUUGAAGCAUUUCAUUGUGCUUGUAAUUGAGGAAUGUUGUUCUUGUCGCUGGGAAGGGUACUCAAUUGAGUACUUGUUCUCGAAUUGCAAGUUUGUCACAUUUGCAAGGUGUGAAAACAAUAGGGGGCAUUUGUAAAUCUUAACCGAGUCCUGGAGGUUUCAAAUUUCUUUCAUUACUCAUUAUUUAUUUCUAAUUACUGUUGCUAUUUAUUUUUAAUGAACUCUUAAAUUUUGCUUUAGAAGCCGUGGACUGAUUCGAUUGAAUGAAACACUAUGCACGUUACUAGUAUGUCCCUGUUGUUGGUGGAGUUGCUAACGAGUUGUGCCAUGUUCAAAAGGGAUUGGGAUGCUCUAACAAGUGGGAGGAGGUAAUGCUUCUAUCAGUUGCUAAACCAGCCACACAAUCCUUGCCCAAAUAUGGUUCUCCCCGUCAUGUUUUUACCAGAUUGAUAAACUCUU